GAAACACUUGAUUUGAUUUGAUUUCUCUUUUUCUUACUCAAGAGAAUUGAUUUCACUGUGCCAGUAGAAUUUCGAUUCCCGUGAACUCCAUUUUGCUCCGCAAGUACAAGGAUAAAUGCUCCUCCCACCUCUCUCUCUCCUCUCUCUCUCUCUUCUUUUGCUUCUCUCGCACUGAACCAGUGAGCCAGUGAAGUAUCAGAUCUCUCUUGCCGAUUCGAUCCAGAGGAGGAGGAACCGGAUUGAGUGAUGGAAUCGAGACGAUGAAGUUCUACAUAUCGGCGAAGGGGACAAAGAGAGUGAUCGCGAUAUCGAACGGUGGAGGAGGAGCCGGAAAAGCAUCGACGAAGACUAGUACGGCUGCUGCUGCAGGAGGUCGCCGGAUUUCCGCCGGCGCUGUCUUGCCGGUGGUUCUGUUGCUUGGUAUUGUCCUGCCGUUGCUCUUUGUCAGAAUCGCGUUCUUGGUGCUCGAAUCUGCUGCGGUUUGCUCGUCGUUAGAUUGUGUGCGAUGGAGGUUUUUGAGCGAGGGUGACACGUCUCUGAAACUCAGAGAUGAGGUGACCAGAGCGCUGCUGGAAGCGAACGACGGUCAUGUGAGUGAAGAAGGAGCUGAGUCGUUCAAUGAGCUUGUGAAACAGAUGAGGGCCUCUAAGCGACAGGACCUUGAGGCAUUCGCUUUCAAGAUCAAGGCCUCGGUACAUCUAUCAAGAAUGGAACGCAAGGUGCGAUCGGCAAGGCAUCUGGAAUCAGUUUACUGGCAUCUAGCUUCUCACGGGGUUCCCAAAAGCCUAAACUGUCUUUGCCUCAAGUUAGCUGAUGAAUACUCUGUAAAUGCCAUGGCUCGAUCUCGCCUACCUCCGGCUGAAUCCAUCUCUCGACUUGUUGACCCUACCUUUCACCACGUUGUUCUCCUAACUGACAAUGUCCUUGCAGCUUCUGUUGUUGUCACCUCUACUGUUGAAAAUUCAGCCAUCCCUGAGAAGUUAGUCUUUCAUAUCGUCACCGAUAAGAAAACUUAUACUCCCAUGCAUGCAUGGUUUGCCACCAAUUCUGUGAAAUCAGGUGUAGUGGAAGUCAGGGGAUUGCACCAAUAUGACUGGUCUGAAGAAGUUAAUGCUGGUGUUCAGGAGAUUCUGGAAACUAAUCAAUUGAUUUGGAAGAACUAUUACAAGAAUAUUAAAGAAAGGGAAUUCAACCAUAGGGAUCAAGAGCAAAAAAGAUUCAUAGAGGUUCUAAGGCCUAGUAGCCUCUCCUUGAUGAAUCAUCUCCGCAUUUAUAUCCCCGAGCUGUUUCCUGAUCUGAACAAGGUGGUAUUUUUGGAUGACGAUGUUGUGGUGCAACAUGACAUAUCUUCUUUGUGGGAACUAGAUCUUAAUGGCAAAGCCUGUGGUUCGGUUUUCAAGUCAUCUGGUGGAGAAACUGGUUUCCCUGGAAGUAAAUUCAUCGACUACCUGAACUUCUCCCAUCCUCUCAUAUCAUCCCACUUCGAUCCUGAACAAAGCAUAUGGCUUUACGGCAUGAAUAUAUUUGAUCUUGAAGCUUGGAGGAGAUCGAAUAUCACUGAGACUUACUUUCGAUGGUUGAAACUUAACCUCAAAUCUGGGUUGGCAUUAUGGAAACCAGGUGUGCUUCCACUUGCCUUGAUUGCUUUUGAGGGUCAAGUGCAUCCUAUAGAUUCAUCAUGGCUUGUGACUGAUUUAGGUUACCACUAUCAAUCAGAAGAAAUUAGUCCGGACAGAUUGGAAGCUGCUGCUGUAAUUCAUUUCAGCGGCCCUGCAAAGCCGUGGCUUGAAAUUGGCUUCCCAAAAGUUCAGAGUUUAUGGAACAGAUAUGUAAAUUUCUCUGACAAAUUCAUCAGGAGAUGUGGAAUUACACAGUGAAUCAACACAAUUAUACUGCUUCAAAGGCUCCAACAUGUGUUCAUUUAGGACACAAGUUAUCUCCAGGUUUUUUGGUCCUGACAUUUUCAAAUGAAUAUAAGAUAGGUCUACCUUGUAUCCACCAAGAGAGACAAGGAUCUUAAGCAGAUGUUUGGUUCAUGGAAAAAUGUUUUCUAGGAAAGAAAUGAGAAAUAUACUUAGAAAGAAAAUGGGAUAAAUGCAUUUCUCAUUUUCUUUUUGAAAAACAUUUUUCUACCUACCAAACAUUACAUAAGACCUGGAAACAAGUUGGAGUAGAUCAUUUGAGAUUCAUUAACAAGGACAAAAUGCGUGCGGGAUCUGAGGGAAGAAGGUUUCACCUUCAGUCUCUGACUUAUACGCUCUUCACAGCAUAAUUUUGCCAGAUACUUCCAUAUGCUUACAUAUACUUCACAGUCAUAUAUAGAUGAAGCUUCCACUCAGUGCCAUAUUACAAACACUAUCAUCUGAUCCUGAUGUUAAGAGUUAUGAGAUACAGCCACAAGCAUCAUAAUUUUUUUCUCUGGGCACAGAUUAUAAAUGGUAAUUUUAGUUUUUAAUUUUCGGCUAUAUUAUUGUAUUGCUGUAAAUUACCUGCUUAAAAAUGCUUUUCUGUACGGAAAAUAAUUUUACAUGUAUAGUAUUUUCUGAUUCCUUGAA